ACUAUUGCUCCGUCUUGCAGGACGCAGACAGACCCUACUCGCAAUACCAGGCUUGGCCGCUGAGCACUGGUGGAUUGCGGAAGUAUGCACUUUUCCCGGAGGCCUGGGCAACAUCAUGUUCCUGGGGGCUUCUAGCAAGGUUGCAGCCUUCACUUUUGGAAACAGCCCGAGAGACCUUAAGGCGCUUGUGGAUUGAACACAACAACUCCCACAAUGCACCGCUUCGCCGGCCACUCCCACUGAUCUAGGUGUCCGCGUAUCAGAGACAUCGCUCUCCCAUCUACCUCAUUUGUAUUUCUUUCAAAAUGGUGAACUAUUGCAUGGUGCCGAGAUGUACAAACAAGACAAGGAAAGGACGAGCAGUAAGUUUUCACACCCUACCUAAAGAUUCGGAGCGAUGCAAACAGUGGCUCCGGAUGAUCAAUCACCCGAAAAUUGGAGAAGACAUAGAAGCUAUUAAACAACAGAAGGUUUGCAGUAUCCAUUUCAAGCCAGAAGACUUCGAAUUCAAUGCCCUAGGAAUGAAGAGAGCCGCUCUUUUGAACACCGCCAUUCCAUCGAUAUUUACCUUUCCAGAUCAAGAUGAACAGCCUGGGACGUCUGGAACUAGCGGCGGUAAACGAAUUGGCCUGAAGACUAAAAGGACGUCUGCUGCUGCUUUAUUGUCGUCAUCGGAAGACGACGUGGAACUUCAGUCAGCACCCAUGUUGUCAACACCAGCCAUGAAUCCUCCCGCUGUCCAAGCACAGUUUUCGCCAUGCCCAAGUACCCCUGGCCUCAAUACCAGUGCAAGAAUCCUUGAAGUUGGUGAAACCGUCAAAAGCCCCAAAUUGUCGUCAUCAGAAGAUGGUGUUUGCCAGAUGUGCGGGCAACCGACUUCUUCAGAGAUCAUCUUUGAUUCUGGGAGGAGGACGGUGAAAUGGAUGUGUCUUGGGGGACAUUCUGGAACUUGUGCAUCUUCACCUCACCUAACAGAAGAACCAGAGACUGCGCCAUGUGUGGAGAGCUGCCCUGAGCUAACCUUUGACCUAUCAGAGUUUAACUUUGAUGAGGAAAACAAUGGUUCAAAUGAAGAAGGAGAGGAAGCUGAAGUAGAGAACAACUCUCCAAGUGAAGAGGAAGAGGAGGAGGAAGAAGAAGAUGAAGAGGAGAAGGAUGACUGUGAUUCAGACUGGCAAAGCCACGAUUCGGACCGAUUGAGUGAAGACUCGGGUGAAAGCGGCUCGGAUGAAAGCGGCUCAGGUUCGGAAUCUGAAUUGCCUAAAAACAAAAAGACCCGUCGUCUUUGUCCAGAAUGCGGUGCCUUUUUCUAUACCAGCAAGGCGCAUACAUGCGAGUAUAAAAUCAAACCGUUUUCCUGCAUCGUUUGUGGCAAGAGAUGCGUGGACGCAAACUCCCUCAAACUCCAUAGCGUGAUCCACAAGGAAAGCUAUAAGCACCUCUGCAAGUUCUGUUUGGCCCCCUUUAAAACAAAACAUGACAAACAUGCCCAUGAGGAAGCCCACGCCCCCUGUUAUAAACCAUACAAAUGCCCUGACUGUUCCGAGACGUUUACCAAAAUCCUUGCCCGCAACAAACACUUGAAAGGACACCGGGGCCCCAAAAGAUAUACAUGUCCCCAUUGUCCGAUGGAGUUCCGCAAUGAGAACCACAUGGAACGACACAUCGUGGUGCACACUGGUAUGAGGCAGCACGUGUGUGAGUUCUGCAGUCGCUCCUUCACCCAGCCGGGCCACCUUAAAUCCCACCUGCGUGUGCACACCGGGGAGAAGCCCUUCCAGUGCCAGCACUGUGACAAGAGCUUCAACCACAACGUGAGCCUGAAGAGUCACGUUAUGAGGUACCAUAAAGAGGGAGCUUCCGAACCCAGUGGACCCGCGCCGCGGAGCAAAAGGACGCUGCGGGAAACCUUGGGUCGACCCAAAGGAAGGCCCAAAAGAAACGCAGUUACAAGCGCAGUUCCCGUCGUGCGAGGGGAGGCCCCGGACCCAACCACCACCACCACCACCGCAGCUGAGGCGUCAGGGAAGGGCUGUUUCAGGAGAGAAUCUUCCGAGGACAGUGACAGUGAUAGUGUUUGGAGUUACAGGGAUCCAUCCCCUGAACUGACAGAAGAGGACAAGAGGGAGGGGAGCAAGGAAGUGAGGAAGAGCAAACGGAAAGCCAGCCAGAGAUCCAAGACCGAUUAUAUUGUAGAGAAGGAUUCUGAGAGCGACGCCGACAGUGACCAUGAGGAGGAGGCUAAGAAGAGGAAAUGUGUCAAAAGUCAGGAAACAUAGGAGGACGUCGUAGAGGAAGGCCUUGGAAUGAACGUCCAAAUCAACACUAAGAUCCUUUUAAUUGUUUAAAUGUCACAUAUCUAACAUUCAAACUGAUUUUACCAGAGCUGAAUGGAUAUAAUAAAGUAGGUAUUGGGGUACAUUUUGAAAAUGGUGUAUUAAUAAUUUUUUCCAAUUGGGUUUAUUAACUGGGCCCAUCAUGUAAAAUAUUCAGUCUAUCAUACAAGUUGCCAUUUAUGUUUUAGUUUUAAUGGAUACCAUCCUGUUAUGUUUUACCAUUUCAGUAAUCAGACAUGCAUGACACUAAAAUGUAUAUAAAGAACCAUAUCAUACCUAUUAUAUAAUACAUCAAAUAGCUCUAAACUAACUUUGAGGUUCUGCCACUAUGUCCAGCUGACGCAAGCAAUCAAGACCUUGGUGACCUGCUGAAUGUUAUUUAGGAUAAAGUAUACUAAAUGAAGUCUGGUGCCUGGUGUCAAUUGAAAGACCUAACCGUGCACUAGGAAUUUCUAUUCUUGUUUAUCGUUAUUUCAAUCCAUAAUAAUACGUGGGAAAUUAUAUUGUUACUUUUCAUCGUCUCAUCAUUGGUAGUUUUGAAAUGAAUUAUGUUCAGAAUUUGAUUUGUUGCUAUGCAAAUAUCAAGAGCUCUUCAUUUGAAAUAAAUUGUUGAUAAUACUGACCCGAA